AUGUCUGCCACCUCCGAACCCCCCUCUCCCUCCCCCUCCUCAACCCCCACCCACAUCCGCAUCUUCACCCUAAACUGCUGGGGUCUCAAAUACAUCGCCAAACACCGAAACGCCCGUCUCGCUGAAAUUGGCCGUCAGCUCGCAAUUGCCUCCCCGCCGCCCGAAAUCGUCGGUCUUCAAGAAUGCUGGACACAACAAGACUACGAAUCCAUCCGUCAGCAAACCCGUCACAUCCUCCCCUACGGCAAGUUCUACUUCGGCGGUAUCUGGGGCGCCGGUCUCGCCAUCCUCUCCAAAUGGCCCAUCGAGGAAAGUAGCAUGUUUGCAUACCCGCUCAACGGGCGUCCCACGGCCUUCUUCCGCGGCGACUGGUACGUCGGGAAAGGUGUGGCAUGCGCGCGCGUCCGCUUCGGACCCGGAGUCCAAGACGUCGCGGAGGUGUUCUGCACGCAUUUACACGCCCCCUACGAGCGAGAACCCAACGAUUCGUAUAUCUGUCAUCGAACGGCACAGGCGUGGGAAAUCGCGAAGCUUAUGCGCGGGGCUGCGGAGCGCGGACAUCUCGUUAUCGGUCUGGGCGACUUCAACAUGCUGCCGUCGUCGUUCGCGCAUCAAUUGAUCCAGGCACACAGCCCCGUCCGGGAUGCAUGGCAGGUCCUGCAUCCGGAUUCGUCGGUCGGCGCGGCCAUUGACCCCGUCGAGCAGAAACGGGGCAAGCCCGUACCUUCAGCGGAAUACAACCUUACGGAGAACGGCGCCACCUGCGACGGAAAGUUCAAUACCUGGCGGUGGUCCAAAGAAGAUCAGAAGCGCCUCGAAAAAGGCCAAGACAUCGUCGUCGACAAAGAUGCCCCAUGUCCCAAAGGCAAACGCCUCGAUUACAUCUUCGUCGGAGACGGCAACUACCCCCCAUUAUACCCGGCGCCGCGCUGGUCCGUCGAAUCCACCCGACUCUCAAUGACAGAGCGCCACCCUACCCUCCGCUGCUCCCUGAGCGACCACUUCGCCGUCGAGGCAGUUAUCACUCGCAUCCCAUCAGAGAAAGCCGCCAACGACACCAGUAUUACCCACCACUCUCCAGCCCCGAACGCCGCCCUCACACCCGAUACCUACGACCGCAUCAUCGACAUGAUCCACACGUACGUCCGCCGCGAGCGAUCACAGCGCCGGUGGCGCGUAGCGCAUUUCUUGGCCUCGGUGAUAAUAUCCAUUGGCUGCUUCAUUGGAGUGUGGUGGACAGGCGACCACCUACCAUACGUAGCAUUUAUUUUGGUUCUGGUGAGCACAUUGAGCUUUGGAGCGGGCAUUUUGGAUGGGUUGAUUGGCGGGUUGUUUAUGUCGAGUGAGUUGCGCGCGUUGAAGGAGUUUGAGUGGGAGGUUAGGAAUGCGAAGAUGAUUGCUGAGGCGGUUGGCGGGAAGGGGGAGAAGGUGGAGUAG